GUGCUGACGUCAGAGCGCGUCAGUCCGCAGCAGCAAACGGUUGAUUUCUCCAGUCCUGCCGCCUGCCUCAUCACAAUAUGCGGUGGUUUAUGGCUCCUGACAGCGUGAUUUUUACGCACAAACGGUAUUAGCCGUGUCAAAAUGCUCUCGGUGACUCUUAGACCUAGAAGCCGCCGAAACGAAUCCGAACUGUAUGUACUCAGAACAACCCCAAAUGCACCAACAUGUCUUUAUAGCGGAGAAUGGCCUCUCGUAGAAGCACUCAUAAACACCCAUUUGUCCUUACACGCUGCUUUCAUAUUAAUUCCCCAGCGUCCUGCCUCGACACUAUAACAUAAGAGGAUGUCCAACCCUGAGAAAUGACGCCCCCAUUCCCCCCCUGAGCAGUGGGAAAACACACUACAGCAGUCCGGAGCAGAGCAGCUGCGCCAGAGUGCGGCGCAGCCGGGGAGGAGAUACGCGAACGCCGCCGCUCUCAGUGCCGUUCUCCGGCUCCACUCGAGACGAGCCCUCUUCGCCUCUUGCCUUCAUUUCCCGACCCUGUAUCAGGAGGAGAGGACGGGAAGCGCCUGGACGUAGACGCUACCGCGCGCGUACGGGACGCGUAAAACAACGGCGCUCCACACAGACUUGACGCGCUUUGAUGUCAUCCGGCGGCUCAGGCUCGGGAUCGUUUCAUUUAUAACAGCGGCUCGACAUUAAACUAGACGCAUAUCACAUCAAGAGUUAUCAUUACUCGCUUGCGGUCAGACAUGGAAGAUGGUCCGCCUUCCACAAGCUGUUUCCGAAGGUUCACGGACUGUUUCCUUGGUUCAAGUCUGACGGAUGAGAAAGUGAAGGCUUAUCUCUCGCUCCACCCGCAGAUGCUGGAUGAGUUUGUGUUGGAGAGCGUGAGUGCAGAGACUGUAGACAGAUGGCUGAAACGAAAGAACAGCAGCCAACCUGCAGAUGAAUCUUCAGCUAAAGAAGUUAGCAGGUACCAGGACACGAAUAUGCAGAGCGUCGUAUAUGAGCUCAACAGCUACAUGGAGCAGCGGCUGGACACUGGAGGAGACAACAAACUACUGCUCUAUGAGUUGUGCAACAUCAUCAAAACAGCCACAAAAGCUGAUGGAUUUGCACUUUACUUCCUUGGAGAAUGCAACAAUAGUUUAUGUUUGUUCACUCCGACGGGGGCAAAAGAGGGGCUUCCUGGGCUCAUCCCCUCUGGUCCCAUCACAUUUGGGACCACCAUCGCCGCUCACGUUGCAAAGACACGCAAGACACUACUUGUAGAGGACAUCAUGGGGGAUGAGAGGUUUCCUCAUGGCACAGGGCAGGACUCAGGGAUUCGUGUACAUUCUGUUUUGUGUCUACCCAUCCUCACCGCCAUCGGAGACCUCAUUGCUAUCCUGGAGCUGCACCGGCACCUGGGCAGAGAGCCCUUCAACCUCAGCCACCAGGAGGUUGCAACAGCAAAUUUGGCCUGGGCGUCUGUAGCUAUACACCAAGUCCAGGUCUGCAGAGGUCUUGCCAAACAGACAGAACUUAAUGACUUUCUCCUAGAUGUGUCAAAAACAUACUUUGACAACAUAGUGGCAAUAGAUUCUCUACUUGAACAUAUCAUGAUAUAUGCAAAAAACCUGGUUAAUGCAGACAGAUGUGCGCUCUUCCAGGUAGAUCACAAUAACAAAGAGCUGUACUCUGACCUGUUUGAUAUCGGGGAGGAGAAUGAAGGGAAACCCGUCUUUAGGAAAACCAAAGAAAUUAGGUUUUCUAUAGAGAAAGGUAUAGCAGGUCAGGUGGCGAGAACAGGAGAAGUUUUGAAUAUUCCAGAUGCCUAUGCAGACCCCCGUUUCAACAGAGAAGUAGAUCUCUACACUGGCUACACGACGCGGAAUAUCCUGUGCAUGCCCAUAGUCAGCCGUGGGACUGUGAUUGGUGUUGUACAAAUGGUGAACAAGCUGGGAGGAAGUGCCUUCACUAAAACUGAUGAGAACAACUUUAAGAUGUUUGCCGUCUUCUGUGCUUUGGCCUUACACUGUGCAAAUAUGUAUCACCGGAUUAGACAUUCAGAGUGCAUUUACCGGGUGACGAUGGAGAAGCUUUCGUACCACAGCAUCUGCACGUCAGAGGAGUGGAAGACCCUCACACAACUCUCCCUCCCUUCAGCCAUAUAUAAAGAGAUCGAACUGUUUCACUUUGACAUCGCUCCUUUUGAGGAACUGUGGCCUGCGAUAUUUGUAUAUAUGGUUCACAGUUCAUGUGGAAAAACCAGCUUUGAGCUGGAGAAACUGUGUCGCUUCACUAUGUCAGUGCGGAAAAAUUACAGACGCGUUCCAUAUCACAACUGGAAGCACGCUGUGACGGUGGCACACUGCAUGUAUGCCAUCCUGCAAAAAACCACUGGGAUCUUCACUGAGCUUGAGAGGAAAGGCUUGCUGAUUGCCUGUUUAUGUCAUGACCUGGACCACCGCGGUUACAGUAACAGUUAUCUACAGAAGUUUGACCAUCCGCUGGCUGCCCUGUAUUCCACAUCCACCAUGGAACAGCAUCACUUUUCACAGACUGUGUCCAUCCUGCAGCUGGAAGGGCACAAUAUUUUCUCCAACCUGACUUCCAGUGAGUAUGAGCAGGUGCUGGAGAUCAUCAGGAAGGCCAUCAUUGCUACGGACCUCGCCUUGUACUUUGGCAACCGCAAACAGCUCGCUGAACUGCUGGCCACAGGAGCCCUGGACCUGAACAACCGUGCUCACAGGGAUCGUGUGAUCGGUCUGAUGAUGACAGCCUGUGAUCUCUGCUCUGUGACCAAACUGUGGCCCGUCACACGACUCACGGCCAAUGACAUCUAUGCUGAGUUUUGGGCUGAGGGGGAUGAAAUGAAGAAGAUUGGAAUGCAGCCCAUCCCUAUGAUGGACAGAGAUAAAAAGGAUGAGGUUCCCCAGGGACAGGUGGGGUUUUACAAUGCUGUGGCUAUUCCCUGUUAUACCACCCUGUCAGAGCUGUUUCCUCCCUCCAACCCUCUGCUUACAGCCUGCAGGGAAAACCUGUCCCAGUGGGAACAAAUCGUGCGGGGAGAGGACGCCUCCGCGUGGGCUCCCACCGAAGAGGCCGAGCUGAGCGAGACGUCAGACAGCGGACCAGUAAAAGUGGACAACUGAAUCUGUGGCACCUGUCCCACAGCACCACCUACACCCUGCCAGAGACACUGGACUUCCUGUGGACAGUCCCACUUCCUGCGGAGACGGGAGGAAGCGCAGAGGGCAGGCGGGGGAAGGAUACGUUCAAGAAAAAUAAACAAAACAUAAUGUUACCUCAGUGGGUGACGGAGGCGUACACGCUAAUGACAUCAGGGCUCCUUCGUUGAUGGCUGGGACUCAAGUCCACUUCGGCAGAACGGCCAUCAUCACUGGCAGGAAGUUGCUUUCGCAUCUUUACUUUUUAAGUGAUUUUUUUUUUUCUUCUUCUUCUUUUUUUUCAGUUUCUGUUGCGGUCUUACAUUUGAAGAGGCCUUAAUACCGACCCGAGUUACGAUCUGGUUGGGCGACUCGUAACUAAAAGGUGGCUCGUCUAGUUAUAACGGUACUUUUUAUCCUGCUGCGGUCAAAAUACGCGAAGCUUACUUGAGCGGAUUUAUUUUUUAAGACAGACGGAAAGAAUGUUUUGUCGCAGUCGAGGAGGUGCACGAGGCACGGUAAACCCAUCGCUCUGAUGGACGUUUUAAUAUAAUAUUUUGAGCAAAAAUGCUUUGUAGUACUUGAAUGAAGAAAUACAGCCUAUUCUGAGUGGAGCUUAAAACAGAAAUGCCUGAAGCGCGUCCUUCCAAAUCAAAGAGCUUUUGUGAUGGCAUAAGUUUCACUCUGAACCUUACCGGAGUCACACACAAGUCACGGUGUUCUUCGCUGAGAUCUCCAGCAUCUUCCAACCUGAUAUGAAGUUUAACCCGUCGAAGCUCAUGGAGCUGUUGACAUUUAAAAUAAGGAAUCAAAGGUUUGCGUUUUACCAUAAAAACAUACUGUAAAUCUUCAAAAAACAGAAGUCUUAUAGAAACACCAACAAGAAAAUCCAUCUUUAAUUAUAUGAAUUGAAUGUGAUGGUUGUGAAAUACUAAAUUAUGACUAUAUCAACAUUAUAAGUCAACCUCAGGGGGAAAAUAUUAUAUAACUUCUUUAAAUCUUCACUAUAAGAACCUGUGAGUGUGCAUAGUAAUUACUAAAGACUGAAAGAGGACUGAUGACUAAACAUACAGCAACUAUACCUAAAAUCAAAAGUCAAAAUGUGCACAACCGAAUUGAUUGCUUGGUUUUGCUAUCUUUUAACAUGGGACCAUUUCUGAUUCUGAAAGUAUUUCUAUUGUUUUCCUCAAACAUUCAUUCAUUUUAUCGUUAUUACUACUACUACACCAAAUCCGUAAGUUGAUGCAAAAUGAAUGAACGAACGAAUGGAUAAAAGAUAAAUGAGUAUGUAGGGAAAUAAAAAGACAAAUACGUAUCUUAUUUAAAGAUUUGUAAAAAAAAAAAAAAAAAAAGUAUUUGACACUCCAGUUACUUAAAUGGGUAGUUCAUCAAAAAAAAAAAAAAAUCUAAAAUAAAUAACUAAAAUUAAUGUGCUGUUCCAAUGCUGUUUCACCUUCUUUCUUUUUCAAACCAAAUAAAAUGAAAUAAUAAUAAUAAUAAUAUUUCUAAAGGUACUGUUCAUGCUAAUCCAUAUGCAACGCUUGCUAAAUUUUCCAUGUACUAAGAGCAUAUGAUUUGGUUGAAAUUAUUUUAGUAAAUUACUAACUUUGCACAUUGUUUUACUUAAUAAACUAAAUAAUGACUAAAUGUUCAUUUCUGGGUGACCUAUCCCUUUAACUCUGUGAGCUAACCACUUUCAAAACACCCCACCUUUAAAAGAAAAAAUAAAAAUAAAAAAAAAACACUGACAAAUCUUAUCUUAGUAACUGGUGCAUCCACCAUAAAACCAGACAAUCUCUUCCUCCUUUCUACUGUGAGUCUAUGAGAAUCCUUUUUGGAAUCGUGUUUCGUUUCUUUAAAAGAUUUUUCCACAGCACUUAAAAAUAUCUAAAAAAUGACAACGGAACAAUAAACGCGUUGCAUUCCCUUUUCCAAACUUAAAAAAAAGCCUUGAGAAGUUCAUAUUAUAACUCUCGCUCCCAAAUCAUCAUGAUUCAUAGUCUUCAAAGAUUAUCGUUUUUGUUUAAUUCAAACAUGUCUGCACACAAAAUCAGCAGAGGAACGAUGCUUUGCUCCAGUUUCUAUGGGACGUUCUGUAAAGUUUUUAACCAGUGGGACGGUGCUUAGCAAAGGAGCCAAAUGCACUUUCUGGAGAGUAACGUUCAUGUUUUCUACAUAAGUUGUCAAACGCAGGCUAAAGCGAAUCUCAAGUUGUGACCCAACAGAAAUAUUUGCCAUCAAUGUCACGCCUUCGUUUCAAAUGGCUGAACUCAGUUUCGUAAUAUUUUUUAAUUUUUUUUUUUUUUUUUUUUUCUUUAUAUCUGUAAGAGGCACCUGCAGUCCCUGCAGACAGUGAUGGAGCUCUGACUGACUGAUGGCCUUCUGUAAAUACUGCAGGACUGAUGAGUGAAUGUAAUCAAUACUGUCACAAACUGCUUCAAGAUGCCUGUUAGUUUUUAAGUGUACCGAAGGUGUACACCGUCGGAUAUGGGAAUGUUAAACAUGGCUUCCAAUGGUUGUGUCGGCAUGCGACGUGCGCACUGUGUGUAGAGAGACCGAGUUUGGAGAUGUAAGCUACGUUCUAAUGGUGCUAUCUUAGGCAGUCAUGCACUUUCUGAUCCUGUGUGCAUGCUAGUGUGUGUGUGCGCGUGCGUGUGUGUGUGUGUGUUCUCUCUGGAGUAAUGCUACCAACCCCCAUCUACUACGGAGUCCGAGUUGAGAGGAUCUGUCCAGCACCCCUCACCUCUGUCACCAAGAUCAUCCACAACCAGUUGUCUUUCCCCUCAUAUGCACUAUGUUUAGAGACUAUUAUUAUUGUUAUUAAUAUUAUUGCUCCUAUUAUAUUAUUAUUGCCACAAUUAUUGAUUAUUACCAUUGUUAUUUUGUUAAUUAGAGUUAAAUUUUAAAUUAACUUAUAUUUUUUAUACAAAGUUUAGCAUUUUUGUUUUGUACAGAACAAAUUGUACAUUAUGGAAUAAAGCGAAUGGUCAUUUAGAGAAACUGCAUACUGUUGCCCGAGAUAAAUGUCUCAACUCUAAAUGUAUGAGCAGUAAUUACUUUUAUUAAAUAUUUCUGACAAAUACAAA